AUGUUCAGGUCGGCGAGAUGGAGGAGCGAGAAGAACAAGAUCAAAACCGUCCUCAAACUUCAGUUUCAUGCAACUCAGCUGCCGCAACUGAAUGUGAAUGCAUUGACUUUAUCUGUGGUUCCUGGAGAUGUGGGGAAGCCAACAGUGAGAUUAGAGAAGGGUAUACUCCGAGAAGGAAGCUGUCGAUGGGAAUAUCCAGUCUAUGAAACAGUAAAAUACAUUCGUGAUGUGAAAACAGGGAAGAUCAAUGAGAGAAUAUACCAUUUUGUUGUCUCAACUGGAUCAUUGAAAAAUAGUUUGGUUGGGGAAGUUUCAAUAGAUAUCGCUGAUUAUGCUGAGGCGACGAAAGUUUCCAAAGUUUCUCUUCCCCUCAAGAAUUCAAAAUCUAAUGGGGUUUUGCAUAUUUCAAUUCAGAGGCUGCAAGAAAAUGUUGAGCAAAGUGAGGUGGUGGAAGCUGAUGAUAUAAACAUAAAAUCCCAGAGUAGAACCUUGAACACCCUAUUAAGCAAUAGUGAUGGAGAUGAGGGUAUUAAUAGUCAUUCUAGUGAAGAUGGACCACUUAUUAAUGCCUCCCACAAUGCUGAAUUAAAUGGCAAUGACAGAACUUCUACUGGAUCUGACAUUACAAUGUCAAGUUCUGAAAGUAGCUCUGGGCUUAAUACCCCGCGAGAACUUGGACUGAGAAACAACAUGCUACGGGACCCUACUAGCUUUCUAUUAUCUCAAACCCACACUUCAGCACCUCACCUGCCAAAAGCAAAUGCUUCUGCAGCAAGCUACAGAGAGCAUCAGCAACUGCAAUGGGAGUUAUCAGCAGAUUCUGAUCAUGGUAUAAGUACUGAUGACUCAACAAACAGAGAUAGAUCCCAACAGGAUUCAGAUAUUGAGAUGGAAAAGCUCAAGGCUGAACUCAUUAUGUUGUCAAGACAAGCAGAUGUGUCAGAGUUAGAAAUACAAACUCUGCGGAAGCAAAUUGUAAAAGAGAGCAAAAGGGGCCAGGACCUCUCAAGAGAAAUCUUGGGAUUAAAAGGGGAGCGAGAUGCGUUCAAGUCAGAGUUCGAGAAACUCAAGGCAUUUCAGAAAUGCAUGGAGGAUGCAAAAAGCAAAAACAAGUCGCAGUUUGAAGGUGGGGAUCCAUGGGUUCUUCUUGAAGAAGUUCGACAAGAACUGAAUUAUGAGAAGGACCUGAAUUCCAACCUCCGGUUACAACUGCAGAAAACGCAGGAAUCAAAUGCUGAGUUGAUACUCGCUGUGAAAGACCUUGAUGAAAUGUUAGAGCAGAAAAGUAGGGAAACAUCUGACCUUUCCAACAAAGCAAGAUCCUAUGAGAAUGUCAUCUCAAGAAGUGAAACCGAUGAUGAUGAAGAGCAAAAGGCACUGGAAGAACUUGUUAAGGAGCAUAAGGAUGCUAAAGAAACUUAUCUGCUGGAGCAAAAGAUUAUGGACCUCUGCAGUGAAUUAGAGAUCUAUAGGAGAGAUAGAGAUGAGCUGGAGAUGCAAAUGGAGCAGCUGGCACUUGACUAUGAGAUAUUGAAGCAGGAGAACCAUGACAAGUCAUAUAAAUUAGAACAAAGUCAGCUGCAAGAACAGCUGAAGAUGCAGUAUGAAUGCUCCCCUUCGUUUCCCAACAUAAAUGAACUAGAAGCUGAGGUUGAGAGCUUAGAAAAGGAACUAAGGAAGCAGUCAAAGGAGAACUCUGAUUCUUUGGCCACCAUAAAGGAACUAGAAACCCAUAUCAAAAGCUUGGAGGAAGAAUUGGAAAAGCAGGCCCAAGAGUUUGAAGCAGAUCUGGAGGUGGUAACAAGUGCAAGAGUCGAGCAGGAGCAGAGAGCCAUUCAAGCAGAGGAAGCCUUGCGAAAGACAAGAUUGAAAAAUGCUAAUACAGCUGAGAAGCUGCAGGAAGAAUUUAGAAGGCUGUCCAUGCAAAUGGCGUCAACUUUUGAUGCAAAUGAGAAGUUAGCUAUGACAGCACUUGCAGAAGCUAGUGAACUACGUAUGCAGAAAGGUCAAUUGGAGGAAAUGCUCCAGAAAGCUAAUGAGGAGAUCCAAUCAGUUAAGGAUGGUUAUGAGUUGAAACUGCAUGAUCUUUCCAACCAACUGAAUUCAAAAAUAAAUCAGAUGGAGCAGAUGUUGAUGGAAAUUGAGGAUAAAUCCAGACAGCUUGAACUGCAAAAGAAGCAUGAUGAAGAACGUGAUGGAACCUUCUCCCAGGAAAUCCAAGGCCUAAAAGCUGAUCUUGAAAUGCUCUCAAUAGAAAACAAUCGCCUUUCCGAGCAAGCAGAACAGAAAGAAAAUAUAAGUUUAGAGCUGGAACAUAUGAAGACAUCAAUGAAGCACACUGAAGCACUGGUACAAAAAGGAAAAAUGGAACAAAAUGAACUGGAGAGUACAAUUUCUUUGUUGAAGAAGGAAGCCGAGAAGUUGCUGGAGGAGUUAAAUAGAAUGAGAUGUCUCAAGGAUGAGAAGGAGUCAGCAAUGAGUCUGUUGCAAUCAGAGGUGGGAUUGCUUAAAGCUCAGUGUGAUGAAUUGAAACAUUCUCUGUUUGAGGAUGAGUUGGAAAAAGAAAAACUCAGAAAGCAGUUAGUCCAAUUAAAGAGUGAGUUAAAGAAGAAGGAAGAUGCUUUGACUAGCAUGGAGAAGAAACUGAAGGAAAGCAAUAAACGCGCAGCAGUUUCCGAAGGAACAAAAAGUACUCCAAGACACAAUAAGUUUGCUCCAGUUCCUUAUGGCUCUAAAGAGGUGGCAAACCUGAGGGAGAAAAUAAAAUCGCUUCAGGGACAAAUAAAGUUAAAGGAAACUGCUUUAGAAGCCUCUGCAAAUUCAUUUUCAGAGAAGGAAAGGGAUCUUCAGCACAAGAUUGAAGAAUUGGAGGGAAGAGUGGAAGAACUCAACCAGAAUUGCUCAUCGGAAGACAACAUUGGAAUUACUCCAAAUGGUGACAUAGCUGAAGAUUUAAGAAGCACAGAUGAAAAUCCAAGCAGUGCAUCCAAAGAAAAUGGGAAUUCAAAAUUGUCAAUCAAGUGCGAUCAUUCCACCGUAUCAGAGUUAGAACCAAAAACCUCCUCUAUCAAUAAUACAACAGACCACAAUGGCGAUGAGUUGUUCAGUGAACUAGUGUCAUUGAAGGAGAGAAACAAAUCAAUGGAAAAUGAACUGAAGGAGAUGCAAGAGAGAUAUUCGGAAAUUAGUCUCAAGUUUGCAGAGGUAGAAGGUGAAAGGCAACAGCUGGACUAA